AGCCAUCUGAUUCAUUAUUGAUUUUAUAUCAUUGUUUUGUUUAUAAAUUUGUACUUCAGCCAAAGACUAGUUUGGUUAAAAAUAACACCAUGACUCCACAGGACGCAGAUUUGGCUUUCAAAACUAAGAAAACUUCAGAGAAAAUAUGUGAAAACAUACAUAUUGUUGCUAAUGAUCCAUCAUUGGCAUUCUUUCGCAUACAGGAGCAUGUCCGAAAGGUGCUGCAACCAAUAUCAGACAAAAGAGCGGAAGUGAUACAGUUGCAAACGAAUUUACAAGGGCAUUGCUAUGACAUGGAAUAUGCAGUUGGGGCAGUAAAAGGUGUGGAACAUUCGGAGGCAAUUUUCAAAAACAUUCAGGAAAUGAUAAAAACGUCGAUAUUUCUGAAACAACAGUUGAAGUUUGGUGAGAUUAAAAGCAAAUCCAAAAAAGAAUCGACGAGCAGUUCAGUUUAUAAACGAUUCUCCGCUCAUUUAACUUUGGAUUUGCCAGAGCUACCUGAUUUUAGUGGUGUUAUGCGCGAAACAAGUCAACGGGUAGAAACUAUGAUGACAUCAACAAGGGAUAGUACCGCUACACAAAGUAAUACGGGUGAAUUGCAGAGAUCGUAUACAACGUUGCACUAAAACUAGUUGAGAUUUGUUUUUUAAUAAGAUUAUUUUAGUUUAAAAAUAAAUAUUUAAGAGUUUGA